AUGACACCCGCAGAAUGCAUCGGGUACUGUUCAGCCAACAACUGGUCAUAUGCCGGUGUUGAAUAUGGCGGGGAAUGCUUUGGUUUUCAGGAGACUGCAUCCAGCAAUUGCGACAUGCUAUGCAAUGGUGAUGCUACUCAAACCUGUGGGGGUCCCAACCUCAUUGACGUAUACUGGAACGGAGACUUUGAGCAGGAGGGCAAUCCAGUUACACUUUCUCGGAGCUUCUGGUCUUUUGUUGGUUGCUUCGUUGAUAGCGUCUCUCAACGGACAUUCCCAGCUCAAGUUCAAGCAGUCGGUGGGGUAUACCCUCCUUCUUGUGCAGAUGCCUGUGCAUUCUACGAGUAUACGAUGAUGGGGACUGAAUACGGAGAUGAAUGCUGGUGUGGUAACAGCACAGGCGCUGCAUCCCAAGCGCCUGAUACGGACUGUGUAAUGACCUGUUCCGCAGACAGGGACUACUAUUGCGGAAACGCAAAUCGCCUUUCAGUGUAUCAGAACAACCUCCCUGCAGAGACCUACACAAAUGAAUGUCUCGCAGGACCAUUGCCCUCAUGGCUGAAUGUCACCCGGCUAAGCAUCCUCGCAAGUCCAAAGGAACCUUCGACCCUUCAGACAGGAUGGAAUGGUGCAGUACUCCGGAUUAUCGACGUUCUCACUGUUGGGGAUACAACUUGGUCAUUACUCUCGGUAAGUUCAAUGAACCUUUCAAUAUCUACUCACAGAUGA